AUGGCGGCGCCCAGCGAGGCGCGGGAGCGGGAGCGGCGGCCUUUCGGGCGGCGGCUCCUCACCGACCCAGCCCGGCUUUUCCAGCACAACGCCUGGGAUAAUGUGGAAUGGUCAGAAGAGCAGGAAGCCAGUGCCCGGAGUAAAGUUGAAGAGAACAGCGCACAGCUAUUGCCACAACAUAAACAAGAGGAGUAUGAGGUGAAUGCUAAGAAAUACUGGGAUGACUUCUAUAAAAUCCAUGAAAACGGCUUCUUCAAGGACAGGCACUGGCUGUUCACUGAAUUUCCUGAGCUGGCACCUAACAGGAACUCAAGCCAAAAUGGAGAUUCUGUGCAUGGAUUUAGUAACACAGAAGAAUCCAACAAUGAAGGGUUGGGAAGCUGUGGAAAUGGCCAUUGCUCUUUGGAAACCAGGACAGAAUGUCAGUUAAACCUGAUAAAAAGCCCGCCUGGCAGCCACACAGAGGAAUUGACUGCACGGAAAGACAGUGAGCUGAAUCAGAGUGAUGAGGAUUACCCAGGAUCAGCUGCAUCUUACCGUAUAUUGGAGGUUGGCUGUGGGGCAGGGAAUACUGUCUUCCCAAUUUUACAAACCAACAAUGACCCAGGCCUGUUUGUUUAUUGCUGUGAUUUUUCUACAACAGCUGUGGAUCUUGUCCAGAACAAUGCAGAAUAUGAUACUUCUCGCUGCUUUGCAUUUGUACAUGACCUGUGCAAUGACCAAAGCGCUUUCCCAAUGCCAGAGGAGAGUCUUGACAUUGUUAUUCUUAUCUUUGUCCUCUCAGCAAUUCUCCCAGAGAAGAUGCAGUGCAUUGUGACCAGACUGAGUCGCCUUCUGAAACCAGGGGGAAUGAUCUUGUUACGAGAUUACGGUCGUUAUGAUCUCGCCCAACUUCGGUUUAAGAAAGGUCAAUGUCUGUCUGAUAACUUCUAUGUGAGAGGUGAUGGCACUAGAGUUUACUUCUUCACACAAGAUGAAUUAGAUCAUCUGUUCACCACAGCUGGGCUGGAGAAAAUCCAGAAUCUGGUUGAUCGGCGAUUGCAAGUGAACCGUGGGAAACAGAUGACGAUGUAUCGGGUAUGGAUCCAGUGCAAGUACUGCAAACCCACCGCACUUCAGCCAUGAGGCAUGUGGACUUUAGGCUGAAGCCUCUUUGUCUCCUCCUGGUGACAUGCGUGUGAUACAGUUCUGAACACCCAGGACCUCUGUGCCUUGUACCAUGCCUGGCAUCAGUUCAAAUGAGUUUUGCUAAGGAUGAAUGCCCUGAGAGUACAGCAAGCAGUAUUUUAGAAUCACAGAAUGUACUAAGUUGGGAAGAACCCAUGAAGAUCAAGCCCAUCUCCUAGCCCUGCACAGGACACCCCAACAAUCCCACCCUGUGCCUGAGAGCAUUGUCCAAACACUCGUUGAAUUCUGGAAACCUUGGGGCCGUGACCAAUUCCUGAGGAACCUGUUUAGUGCCAAACCACUCUUUGUGGGAAGAACCUUUUCUUGAUAUCCAGCCUAACCCUCCCUGGACACAGCUCCAGCCAUUUCCUUGAGUCCUGUCCCUGAAGUGAAGAGACUGGUUCCUGCCCCUCUGCUGUCCCUUAGGAGGAUGUCGAAGAUCCCCAUGAGGUCUGGUCUCAGUCUCCUCCAGUUGAACAGACCAAGUGCCCUCAGCCACUCCUCAUACAGCUUCCCCUCAAGGCCCUUCACCAUUCUCAUGGCCCUUCUCUGGUCUCUAGUGGCUUAAUGUCUUUUUUAUAUUGCAGUGCCCAAAAAUGCCCCCAGCACUUGAGGUGAGGCUGCCCCAAAGCAGAGGAGAACAAUCCCCUGCCUGACCAGGAAUGCUUUACCUGAUGCCCCCAGGACACAGAUGUCCCUCCUGGCUGCCAGAGCACUGCUGACUCAUGUUCAACUUGCCAUGGACCAGGACCCCCAAGUCCCUUCCUGCAGCUGUUCUCCAGCCUCAUUCCCCAAUCCAUCCACACAUCCAGGGUUGCCCUCCCCAUGUGCAGAAUCCAGCACUUUGUUGAAUUUCCUGUGAUUGGUGAUUGCCCAUUUCUCUGAUUUGUCAAGGUCUCUCUGCAGGCCCUUUCUGCCCCUGAGAGACUCACAGCUCCUCCCAGUUUAGUGCAGACAGCAAACUUACUUAGUAUUCCUUCAAGUCCUGCACCCAAGUCAUUAAUGUGGAUGUUGAAGAGCACAGGCUUGAGAAGGGAGCCCUGUAAAUGUCAUGCUACUGGUCCAAGUUUUAAGAAUUAUUUAUGGUUUUAGCCUAAGAGAUGGUCAUGAUGUUGUACAUCAGCUGAGCAGGUUGAAUAGCACCUUGCUCAUACUCUGGAUUUCCACAUGAAGCAGGAGAGCUCUGACCUUCUCUCUGUCUUGUGUAUUCUUGUAUUGGGAACAAACAUGCAAAGGAUAAAUCUGCUCUUCUCUGCAACUGCUCACUGAUAUGAAUCUCUUGGCCAGCUUAUCUCAUGCAGCUGUUUCCUAGUCAUUCAGGUGUGUGCCAAUCCGUGAGUUAAAAUACAUUGAUCUGAGGACAGGAACUGAGACUAUGCAAGUCUCUCUGUGCCAGCUUUCCCUGGAUGCCUCAAGUUGUGAAGAUAACCUGUGGAGAAAGCAAAUGAUGUAGUGCUCUGCUCACUGUCCACAGGGAUGUCCUCCCAGCUAUUACACAACAGCUGAGGUGCUGUAAAUUCCUCUCAGGCAAGGUUCAGGUUUUCAAAAGUUUACUGCUGAUGCCAGUUUUGGAGCACCUUCAGAGUGCAGCAGAUCAGGAGCAGCUUAACAGGACCAGGGUUUAUAAACAAUUACCUGCUUUUUCUACUGGCUGCAGCUCUCAGGUCACAAACUGCCCUGUCAUAUGCUAAUCCCAAGCAGAUGAGACACUUUGUGAAAGUGAUCUUUCAGAUCAGAAAGAUCUGAAAUCUGCAGGAUGUUUAAUUUUUGCACUCAUGGUUAAUUUCUUAGAGGAAGCCAACGCUGUGGCUUUCAGAAGGCAUUUCCCUGUCUUUGACAACAAAUACCUUUUAUCUCAGCCUGUUUUCUUCUGUUAUUUUUAGGGUGUGGUGAGACAGGUAUUAGAAUAAGUUUCACGCUUUUCAGUGGUGGCUUGAUUCAUAUAAAUCAGGCUUGCAAAAAUGUCAUGUGCUUGUGUGAGGCUAUGCCACCUGCCCAUUAAUUGAAGAAGAAGAAGCCUUGGCUGGUAUCUCUUGCCUUAUUUUGGUUCAUGAAGCAUCAAGAUGUGUUGUGUGUAUCCACUGGCUGAAGCACACUUCCCCGUAUUUUGUUGGCCAGGGACUUCUAUUUGGAGCUUGACAUAGCCACCUCUAGAGCCACAUAGAUUAUGAAAUAACUGCUGUGUUGAACCAGAGGAGAGAGGGUGUGCUAGUUUGAAAACAAACCAACAGGAGAUCCCAGGUCAGAACCACAAUUUAAUAGAAAAAAUAAAAUAAAGGUAGGAAACACUGGCUUAACCUGACAGAGUCGGGAUACAACCUGACACCCUGUUGGUCAGGAUGUUGGCAGCAGUCCAAUUAAAUGAUGACUGCAAUCCUCUUGAAGUGGUAGAUGUGCUUCUGUUGAAGUAGUGAUCCUGUAAAAGGGUCUUCCUCUGAAGGUCCAGUGGUGGCUAUGUAGCUCUUGUCCUCUGAGAAUCCAGUAGUAAGGCUGCCUGAGGUGUUCCAAACCUCAGAAUAUAUCCAGGUAGGAAUGCUUGGUUCCUCCUCCUGGGCGGAGCAUUUCACAAUGGGAUGAUGUAAUUUUAUGAGUCAUGCAGUAAGGCCUUGAUGG